AUGUUCACGAGGUUCGAUCAAGGCAAAUCAACAAAAGGCGCGAGCAAACUUCGGCGCGACCUCAUCAACGCAGAGAUCGCAAACCUUCGGGACCUUCUACCCUUACCUCCCUCGACGCGACAACGACUGUCCCAAUUGCAACUAAUGGCAUUAGUUUGUGUCUAUGUACGCAAGUCGAACUACUUUCAACAAGUUUUCAAACGCUUUGACAUCAACCAUCAACCGUCUACGGCUCCUAACUUUGGAUUUUCAAAGGCCUUAAACGGUUUCUUGAUGAUGAUGACACAGAAUGGGAAACUGUUAUACAUAUCAGAUAACGCUGCUGAAUACCUCGGACACUCAAUGGAAGAUCUCUUAAUUCACGGCGACAGUGUAUAUGACGUGAUAGACAAGCAAGACCAGCAAGCCGUACGGUCUGAGCUAUCGCGCGCACCGACCGAUGGGGAGGACCGGGUCUUCUUAUGCCGGAUGAACGUUGCUAGAAAUGCCAGACGACAGAUGCGGUUUGGUGAUCAAAAGGUGGUCCUAGUGCGCGGUCACUACGUCUCCUACUUACCGCUGUGCAGCCGCAACGAGCCCGUGUUCCUCGCAGCGUGCACGCCGCUCGCCAUGCCCGAGACGCGAGAGUGUGUAGUACAUGGCGCCACCAACGUGUUCACUACUGUCCACGCUAUGGACAUGAAGAUAUUGCAUAUUGAUGCUAAUAGCGAGUGGCAUUUGGGCUGGGAAAGAAGUUCUCUACAUGGCGUCAGCUGGUACCAUCUUCUCCACCCGGACUGCUGUAAAGAGGCACAAAAUAAGCACAGAUUAAUCACACAGUCAGAACAAGAGCGUUCGUGUAUUGCGUUACUCCGACUGCAGAGACGAUGUGGCCAGUUCCUAUGGGUGCAUGCAGUACUUCAGUUAAAGGACAAUCUGGAGAACUCACAGCGACCCGUGAUCGUGUGUACGAAUCAAGUCUUAAGCGAACAAGAAGCGGCAGUGAUGAAAGCAAAUCCUUGGCUGUAUCACUACUACGCAGUGCAGUCAAAAUUACACUACGGAUUGGCUUAUGAGGCUGCAACCAGAAUGUACGGGCCUCCUCCACCGGAUAUACAAGUAUAUCCCCCAAACAUACAAUACACUACACCACCAGUCUGCAUAAAUGGAAAUCAACCAGUGUUGAUGCCAAAUUCCAGCGUACAACCUCAUAUACCACAUAUUCCGCCGCAUUUAACUCCCAUACAUUACACUUAUGAGAGGCAUGACAACGGACCUGUGGACUACUCGGUGUCCCUUCAGGAAAACAGGUACCAUAACCUCCGAAUUGAUGAUACGCGGCAACCAAAUGCGAAACGAAAAAAAUCAGAAGACAAAACGCCUAUUACCAACAUAUCUCCUCACAUAACAUCAAACGGGGACACAUUAGUGGCCACCGCAACAAUAACCAAUCGAAGACCGGGUUCUAAGAACUAUAACAUAACGGAAACGGAAAUGGACCAAUGGAAUCCAAGUCCGACAUGGUCUGAAUCAGCACUGCAGAAAGUUCCUGACGUGUGCCAUCAAGAUCUUACUCCUUAUGUUACCACAACUCCUCCAACUCCCUCGGGAACCCCUUCAGCGUACACCCAAAAUUAUCAUACAUUCGUAUUCGAUUGGUCCCCAGAACAAUAUGUUCCGCAUACAAAUAGAUGUAGUACAGUCACAACGGAAAGUUCCUACCAAUGGAAUAGAAAUCAAAGGACGUUUGCAAAUGAUGCAGACGAUUGUAACAGAAUCAGGGUCAGGACGCCGGAUGCAAAUAGAGAAGAAAAUCUUAGACGGCAAAUGGAUCGUCCACACCCGGACUCACCAGGUGGAAAAAAACCUGCAUUA